AUGGGAUCGCCAUGGGAAGAAAUUACCCGUGAGGUAUCUUCAGAGACCUUUCGGUCGAAAAUCGUGGCCUGUACGAAAAUCGUCUGGGAUUCGCUUCCAAGCGAGGAUACUCGCAGUCUCAAGCCUCCUUGCUGGAAGCAUAUUCGCAUUAAUUUUCUGCCCGCUGACGGCUCGGGCAAUAUCCAGCGCGCAGUCAAGGCUCUCACUCUUACUCUUUGGGAGCCCGCCCUCGACAUUCCCCAUUUCACAAUCUUCAUUUCUCCCCCGCAUGGAGCCAAACGUCUCCUCGAAAUCUCUGAUCUCGAGUAUUCCGACUCAGAGCCAGCCAAGAGAGACGUACCACCUGAGUGCCAGUCAUGUCUUGAUGACGUGGCAACCUUUGUCAAAGCUCUACUUGCUCGCCGUGCUAAGGACUCAAUGAAGCGUGGAUCCUCUCCGACUAGCCAUGCGCCGGGUAGCAGCUCUCAACGGAAGAAACAAGAUGUACUCUCAAGUGACAUCAAGUCUCAAACCGAGACACUCCCCGAGAAAGCCAUCAUCGCAGCUUUGCACUACGAACAUAGGACUUUUGGCGAGGACCAUAGCUUCGAACAAGGAACAAAAGUGAGGUUGAUCAAGUUGGGAUGGUGCCAAGUCCUUGAAUGCGGCGAAAAGCUCAUCAAAUGCGACAGCGUGAACUGCGACGUCAUGUCCUGCCCAGACCUCUCAUGCGUAGGAUCUAGGUUGGAAAAAAUACAGUCCUGCUCGCCUAACGGAUGUACCCACACGAAGAAUUGUCCUCGUAUCUGCUCGACAUGCCGCGCGCUCCCUAACGCACCGAUUGCGUCCUGCCCUUCCUGCAAAGUCAUAGUCUCCCGCUCCGAUCUUCGUAUCUGCUCGGGGCUCGGCUUCACAGACGACUUCGA